AUGAACGGCGAGGAGGAAAGGCAGCCCAGUAACAUGUUGGAACAAAGUAACCCAGAGGGGUACCACCAUCAUCCGAUGCGAAGACCCAAUGAAACCCAUUUUAACGCAGCCGAGAGGGGGCCUCCAAACGUCCCCUGUGAAAGGAGAGCAGCACCCCUGCCAACAUAUUACCAGUACCAAAAUGACCAGGUGUACCUCAGGCAAGAAACCUCGCUUGCUAAAUGCAGCAAUUAUCAUCAGGAUUCUUUUGGAGAUGAACAAUCGUGGGGUACGCACCCAAUAAAAAAGACGCAAAAUGAGCACCUCGGGGGGGGGCACUCAUGCAGUAAUAAUGGCAUAGGAGAAUUACUCUAUAGAGAUGCCCCCAAUGGAGCCAUUUUUAACAGCUUCGUGAGGGUCCCGCUGAACGUGGAUCAAGUCGGAAUGAGCAGAAUGCUUCCACAUGGUAGCAGCAUGCACGUGAACAAUUGGAUAUAUCACCCUAAUCAUGGCAGACAACAUAUGGUUCGGGGGGACCAUCACUCUUAUGCAGGCAUGGCUGUGUCUGUUGCUUCUUCCUCCGCUGCUAACUCAUCUGGAGGCUUCCCCACGGGGUAUGACCCGCGAGCGCUUGCUAGUGCGCCCUCGUCCGUGGGAUUCCACCAUGGGGGUGCCGCCCAGCAGGGGUAUGCAGCCCAGAACGGGUAUGCCGCCCAGAAGGGGUACCCCCCCCGUGUUGACAACCCAAACGGCGCCCGAGACAGCUACUGCGCCUUGCCAGGGAACAACCCCUAUGGGGCGGAACCGUUCCCAGAUUAUAAUGACAGGCGUAGAGAGAGCUUUGGUCAGCGGGGAGGUAACAGUGGGGGGGAGCACCCUAUGCAGGAGGCAGUAAACAGGCAGAGGCAUCAACCCAGUGGAAGUGGUGUGCUGGGCCAAAAUGGAGAAUUGCAAUAUAGGACCUUCGCUGAGGAGAGUGAUUCCCCCUAUGCAGUGAGUAUGCACCAGGGGGACGAACGCGGUGACUGCGGUAACUAUGGCGACUCCAACCACCGAAAUCGUUUCGUUGAUAAUCGCCUGAUUCGUAACCGCUUCGCUGGUAAUCGCUUCGUUGCUAAUCCCUCCUCCGCGAACCGUUUCGUUGGCAAUCGCUCCGGUGCUAACCGCUUCCAGAGGGCCCUCCCAGCAGCAGCCAGUGAAGGGAAGGGCCAAGUAGCAGACCGCCGAGUAGCAACCCGGCAAGGGAAAACCCCCCCAGAAAUGGCCCUCCCCGGGGGAGUCAAACCCAAGAGAGAGAAGAAAAUCCUCCUGACCGAGGACAGCCAAAAGAGCGCCCAGAGGAACAUACAGAAGCUCUCCAUUUAUAACUCCAGAAAUGAAAUCCUAAAAAUGAUAGAACAGAAUGACAUCACGUUCAUUCAAGGGGAGACAGGCUCGGGAAAGUCAACAUGUGUGCCCAAGUUCCUGCUGGAAGAGCAUCUCAAAGAAGGGAAAGAGAAAAUAAACAUCAUUGUAACUGAACCGAGAAGAAUCGCUUGCAUCUCCUUAGCUAGGAUUCUCUCCGAACUGAUCAGCGAUAAGCUAGGCAACACAGUAGGUUAUAGAAUCGCAGGGGAGGCAGUCUAUGACAGCGAGAAAACAUUAGUAACGUAUAUAACUAUCGGUUUUCUUUUUAAGCUGUUUCUUCAUCAUCGAAAUAUGUAUAGGAAAUUCACACACAUAAUCAUCGAUGAGAUUCACGACCGGAGCAUUCUCCUUGACAUCGUGCUGCUUUUCAUUAAGGUAUACCUACACAGUAGGAGGAAGGAUGAACCGAUUUUCAAACUAGUCAUAAUGUCCGCGACGAUGCAGAGCAAGCUAUUCUACUCAUACUUCGAACAUGAGAGCAUCUCCAUGGGAUCGAUUUUCAUAGGCACCAAGAUUUACAGUAUUGACACAUUUUACAUAGAGGAUAUAAUGCGGUACGCGCACGGAGGUGGCCUCGAGGAGGAGAAUGAGAGCGACGGGGAAGGGGGCCAACCUAGCGAAGUGUGUAUGGAGUCAGGAACGGACGUUCCAUCAAGCGGCUGGCUAACCCCGUCCCUUGGGCGCCCACCCAGGUGCGAAAAGGUAAUCGAAUUCAUCCUGCGCCAGAAGAACCGCAGGAAGCUGCACCUCUCCGGGGGCGCAGAAGCACUGCUCCAGAGAAUAAAGAACGAAUACGACAAGAGCAUAAAUCUGUUUAACUCCAAAAAGGAGAGGGGUGAGACGAACAAAGACAUCGACGUGGAGCAAAUUAUACCAGCCAACGUCUUUUCGAACAUCUCGGGGCUGUGUCUGGAGCUAGUGCACAACCUGUGCCUUCUCGGAGACAGCGUCCUGAUUUUCCUCUCCGGAAUGCAGGACAUAACAGACAUGUACCAUCAGCUCUGCAUCAUUAUCAACAACAAUGCGAAGAAGCACCAAGUGAGGUUCCACAUCCAUAUACUCCACAGCUGCCUCUACGACAACACCAUUCAUAAGUUACACGAAAGCGACAGGGACGGUAUUAACAUUUUUCUCUCUUCGAACAUCGCGGAGAGUUCCAUUACCAUCCCAAAUGUCCGACUAGUCAUCGACUUCUGCAUACAGAAGAAUAUUGAAUACAAUUCGGAGAGGAAAGCACACAUCUUAGUAAAGAAAUGGAUUAAUAAGUCAUCCAUGGAGCAGAGGAAGGGAAGAUGUGGGAGGACAUGCCAUGGGAUAUGCAUCCGGAUGAUCAGCAAACAUUUUUUGAAUCUCCUGAGAGAUCACAAAGUGAGCGAGAUUUACACCCACAGUUUGCACCUCCUCUAUCUAUACAUUUUAAAGAGCAUGUCCGUGUUGAGUCAGCUGAUAAGAGGGCCCAACAAAGCGAGUGUCACGGAGACUACACCUGAUGGGUCUGCCACCCGAGUUGAUGCUUUGCCGCAUAACAAGCUAAGCAUGUAUGAUGUGCUCAGCAUGAUCAUCGAGCAGCCAUCCAGGGAAAAGAUACGGAGCACGCGACACGAGCUAGAAAGAAUGAAGGCUGUGAUUAAGAUCAAGGGCAAGUUAGUCAUUUCCAUCAUUGGACAGAUAAUGAUCCGCUAUAACAUGAGCAUAAAUCUGUGCCGACUUCUCCUCUUCGGGGUUCUAAUGAACGUAACAUUCGAUGCGAUCAUUAUAACCGCCAUCAUCAGCACAAACGAUAUAUUUCCAUCUUUCAAUCUGUAUACAUCGAAGAGUGUCUACGCGUAUGGCGUGUCCCUGGAAAUGUCCCUGAAGCAGAAACAGUACUUUGAUGGACGAACCUAUUCUGAACCGAUUAUGCUCCGCCACGUGUUCAUCGAAUGGCUAUGUCUAUUUUGUCUAUACGUCCAAGAUCUAAAAAAUCAGAGCAAGUUUGUAAGAUCUCACUUGAGGAGCUACUACGUUACCACGUGUACACUAAUGAGCAAGCGAAACAACAUCAAUGCGAAGAAGCUUCUCUGUGUCAUAAGCACAGUUAACACUCUGUGCAAGCGAUUGUUAAAGAUCCUCUGGACAGGCAGCAAUGCGUACAGGUCGGCGGUGUACCUUUUGAAUCUCAUCAAGGGGGAAGUGCCUCCCACGUGUUUGAACACCGGAUUACAACAUAAUGGAGGGGAAGCCACUCCUCGUGAUGAUCCCACGGAGGAACCCCUAACCGCCAAGAACGUCUUCCGCAUCGUCACCAGAUACUCAUGUUACGACCCUUCCAAUGAAAACCUUUAUUUGAAGUUUCUCUUUUGUCUUUCCUUCACCCCCCUGUUUAUCCAUGGAUCUCCACUUUUACCUAUCCAGAGUGAAACUGAAAAGAAGGGCAAGGGGAAGAAGCUCCUCGCCCUACUAAACUAUAUCACUCAACAAAAAUUGAAUGUAAAAAAUUGCAUAUACUUUAGGGGGCCCUACUACCACGAUCUGAGCGUUUUAAGGAAAGCCCUCUUGAUCAUGUGUCCCUAUUUAUCCUUCGACUUGCUUCAGACGAUGAACUUUUACAUCAUCCACUUUUCUGACAAGGGGGGUGUGAACAAGUACUUAAAUGAGUCUCUUCCCCGUCAUGCGGUGUUGUGCUGCGGCUGCUCUUCCUCCGGGUGCUCCUGCUGCUUCUCCCCCCCUGCUGUCACCGACGGGGCAGACACGCCGCUUAACCAACGCAGCGCUCGAGGCAACUAUGGCGUGCUAGUUGGGCCUGAAGUUAGAAAAGUCCUUUCAAACAGGACAAACGCGAUGCUGUAUGAUGGAACAAUGGAGAAAAUAAAAAGGGACCUUCUUCACAUGUAUGGAAACGACACAGAGAAGAACAUUCUGCUAAACUUUCACCACAACAUCAUUAGCCUGGUGCAGCCCGUUCAAGCCAUAGUCCCCGUACAUGUGAAUCAGAAAGAUGAAAUUAACAGCGCGUCUCUCUGUACCCACCUCAUUAACAUGUUUUCGAGCGGUCGUAGUUGCUUCAGCAUUCCCCUGUGGAGGGGAGCCUCUCAUCGCGGUCCUCAUCAGCGGUCCGGUUCUUCUCGCAUCAGUAACUAUUUUAACCACCAGUACGAGAUGAACAAUCCAAAGCAUCUCUUCCUCGUGAAGUGGACCCUGCUGAACACGGACAAUUACAAGGUCAGCAAACGGGAGAAGGCGGAAAGGGAGGUGCGGCGCGCGGAGCUCCAAGCCAAGAAGUGGGGGCAAAAUAGCGGACAAGUGACAGAAAAAAACGAAGGCGAUAUCGUGGGUUGCACCAAUUUCCAUGCGAACCUGUGCGAGGAGGAGGAAGAUGGGGAGGAGAACAAGGGUGAAUCGGAGAAGGAUGAGUGUGAAGCCGCUGCCAACUUCGCCAACCAGAACGGUGACAACUCAGAAGAGAAGAAGGGAGAAGCUGCUUUAGCUGUCUCCAAUUCCACUUCCAAUUGCUCUGACCUGAGCAACAAAGGUAAACGGAAAAAAAUGAAGUGCAAUUUGAGUUUUAGAUCCAUCCUUGGCUUCCUGUCCCUGUGCCCAUUUGAUUACGAUGCACAAAAGGGGAUAUACAAAAGACAGACACAAGACAUCUUUGCAGUCUGCUCAAGUAUCGAUUACAGCUGCACCAAUGACACAUACACGUGGGUCAAUUACGCCACCGUUAUUCCAAACAGAUAUUUUCUAACCUUCUUUCUGUCGUCUUUACCAUACCAUGAUAACGUUAUCCUAAAUACUAGAACAAAUCUGAGAGGGAUCGACAUUCUUUCUGUGAAGAUCUUCGAUUCGAAAGAGAUAAUCAUUCUUGACGUGAGGAAGAAGAGGUCCAAGGGGGGUGACGCGACGACUGUUGAGGGGGACAAUAGAGAAGUGCCAUCGGAAGCGACAAGCGAAGGUGCCUCCCCAAGCGCAUUCUCCAUAAACAAAUACGACUUGCUGCGAAUCAAUUACUUGCGUUACUGCUUAUCCACUUUUUUGUUUUUUCUCACGUGGGUGUAUAAUAACCGGGAUGAGGAGCAGUACCGUAUGGAGGCCAGCCCCCUGGGGGGGAAGCGGCAAACUGGCAGCACUGGUGAUGGUGGCAGUGAUGAUGGCAGGGAUGCUGACAAGGAUGAUAGCGGUGAUACCGGAAGAAAGGCGCACCCCGACGUGACAGACGAGGUAAACGAGCCGGACGAAUACUUCAGCGAAGACGACGCAGUGAGCGACGUUGAGGAAAAUCGCGUCCUUAGGGAAAGCAGCUACAUCGGCAGAGUCAUACGAAACCUAAUUGAAGAAAAUAAUCGGGAGGGAAUAAACUACGACAUGUACGCAGUGGGACGCGAUGGCAGCGAUGGCCUUGGUGACAGCGAUGGCCUUGGUGACAGCGAUGGCCUUGGUGACAGCGAUGGCCUUGGUGACAGCGAUGGCCUUGGUGACUGCGAUGACCGUGGUGAGAGCGCUGCGCUGCCCAGCGGACGGGGAAGACGAGCACAAUUCAACCUAAGCUUCCUGCGUGCAAGUGAAGAUUUAGUAACCUUAGACGCAGCAUGGAAUGACGGCAAAGGGGCACAUCUCCUAAACACGUAUGACCACCUGCACCGUUACCUAAUCGCCCCAAAUGAUGCAUCAUUGUCUAACGGUUCGCCUCGGGAGAAAUCUCUCACCAGCUUAUCCUUAGUGAAGAAGUGCCACCUGAACAAUAACUUGUCCCUUGAGAUUUUGCAGUCCAUGAAUGCCUAUGCGAAGGGCUACACGUCGGAAGAGUUUCUCUUUUUUAAUCCGAUCAACUUGGGGCCAAUGGAAGAUUUGAAUUACCGCCUGCGGAGCAUGUACUACGAGGAGUGCGCUCCGGAAGGGCGUCCCUAA